CGCGAGUUGAGUGCACGGCGCACGCUAUUGCAUAUGGCGACCGCGUGACGGGUGAUAGCAGCUUGCCAUCAAAAUGCAUUCGCGAUGUUAUAAAAACAUUUAGAACACAAAUAUUGACGUUAACCGCCACACUAAAACUCAAAAACUGUGUCCGCGAGACUGAGAGAGGAGGAAAGCGAGGCCCCAAUGGAAAAAUAUGAACAAUUUUGUGCUCUUAAAAAUUAUUGAUUUUCAUAGUUAAAAAAAACAUCAUACGACGCUAAUUACAUACGUGAUGUGUAGUCGCGAGGUCCACAAAUAUAUAUUAUCAAGACAUCAGUUCCAGUAUUAAAAUAUAUAUACAUAUAUUCAGUCUAGUCUAAAUAGUUUCUACUUAUAAAGUAUUGUUGGUACUUAAUUAAAAUAAAUUAAAAAAAACUUAACUUUUUUACCUAUAUAGCCUGUGAUAUUGAAAAUUUUCAGUGGACCGUUUUAAAAAUAUAGUGCAAUCUUAGAUAAGUAGUCAUAUGCCAAAGAUAUUUUAAGUAGAUAUGUUCUUGAAUUAAACCUGUUUAUGAAAACCAAUUGAUGGAAGAUGGCAGCACCUCCACAGCAGUUCUGCGUGAGGUGGAAUUCUUAUCACACAAACUUGCAGGUAAAGGAUGGCAGGCUUUAUGCACAGGCCGUGUUCCCCCGCCUGCUCCUCACUGAGCAGUUCGCGGACGUGACGUUGGCGUGCGAGUCGCGACAGCUGCGAUGUCACAAGCUAGUGCUGUCCGCCUGCUCCGCUUAUCUGGAGAAGCUCCUGCUACAGAACCCGUGCAAACACCCCAUAGUACUCAUGAGGGACAUGAGGUUCAGCGAAAUGCAGGCGUUGGUAGACUUCAUGUACAAGGGAGAAGUGAAUGUAACACAGGAGGAGCUGCCGAGCCUCCUCAAGUCAGCUGAAGCGUUGCAGAUCAGAGGGUUGUGCUCGAGCGACACGUCGGGGCUGUCGGGGGGCGCGGGCGGGGGCGGGGGCGGCGCGGGGGGCGCGGACGCGAAGGACUUCACCGUGGCCAGCGAGGCGCUCGUGGCGCAGGCGCACCACGCCAACACUAACGGCACAGCGACCCCCCAAACGCAUCAAGCACAGAAACCCAACCCUCCAACACACAACGGACCCAAGAAACGGAAAUCAGAAGAGAGAAGCGUCAAAGAGGAGACCGUCGAGGAAGAUGGGUUAUAUUACGGUGAACUAGACCACGACAAUAUGGAGUAUAAUGAGGACGAAGAACCCGGAAAACCCGGCAGCAGUCUCGGACAGACAUCCGGGCGUCGCAACACUUACAUACGUGUUAAACCUGAGAGCGAACUGUUCUUUCAAAACAAACUGCAGAGCUUAUCCAAAGCCAAUUCAGAUUACAUUACGAGACUGGCAAAAAUGAAUCCGACUGAAAUGCGUAACGAAUUCACCAAAUACGGCUUGAAUACCAACACCCCGACCGAGGAGUACGGUCAAAAAUCAGAGAACGACUUCUACAAGUCGUGGUUGGAACAGAACGGCGAAUUAGAAGUGUCUCUACUGAAAGCCGGACAGAAGAAGAAUAGAGAGAAAAGGCAGCCGGCCAAGUCCGAAGUGGAACUGAUACCGAAAAUCAAAGAACCGGAAAAAACACAGAUGAGACGCAGAGGUAGACCCCCACUGUUCAAGGACAAGAACCUGGAUAUAGGAGAGACCGUAUUAAAGUCUGAUCUGGAUCAAUUCUUGGAGGGCAAGGAGGUAAGCUCUUCGGGAUUGUCCAGGAAAGACCUGGAACGAGUGAUGAUGGGCAAGUUUAACCCGAACAGGAGAUAUUCUAAUGAAGCUAUGUGGGCGGCGCUGAUGGAUGUUAAGAAGGGUGGAAGUAUUUACAGAGCCGCUCAAACCCACAAAGUGCCGCGGAAAUCGUUGAGGAACUGGAUGAAACGGUGCCACAUCAAAUCCUCGUUCCCUAUGCCGCAACAACUGAAACAAUUCGUCGAGAACAGCAAGAAACAGAAGGAAUACAAGAGCUACGAGGGGUACGUCGACAACCCUGAACAGGGCUGCGAGAAGAGCGGCACCGAAACCGACGUGGCCUCGUACGAUGCCGACAUGGACUUCGGGAAACAUUUCCUCAUGAAUAAUGUCUCCAGCGACGAGGAGCUGAAGAACGAACAGAACGUCGCCGAGCAUGACGAGGACGCGGCGGCGGAGGCAGUGGCGGCGGUCGAUAUGACGCUCCCACAAUAAUUAAUACUAUUAGUUGUAUAAAAAAAUAUGUGUUUAUUAUUCUUAUGAGUAUUAUUUUAAUGAAUUUAAAAGGCGCAGAUGCUUAGAUUGUUCAUAUUAAUUACACAGUAAAAAUGAGCUCGAUGAAAGGUUUUUUAACAAAUUUCUAUGAAAGCUGGGAAUUAUUAAUUAUUAUUAUUUAAAGAGUAAAGUUCGGAAAGGAACGGUAGUCGAUUCGCUUUGCCGACAGUUUUAUAUAUUUGGCGUAUAAUUAUACUGCGUAAGAUAUAAGUAGAAAAUUGAGUAUUCGAUAUUUACCCAACGAUAAAUUAUAUUAUUUUUGUUUUUUUUUUGUUGUUUUUAGGAAGAAUAAUGUGUCUUAUUUUAUUGCAAUAUAAAAUCCAAAGAUUUUUAAUGGAAAUAAAAAAGUAUAUUAAUGUGUAAUAUGAAUUUCAAAAAUGAAUUAUGAUACGUGCAGAAAAUAGAUAUAAUCUAUCAGAAACGUCUGGUCGAUGUCGCCAGAGGACAUUAUAUAUUAUACACAUUUACUUACUACUACUUUGUUUGUAAUUAAUGAUUUUUUAUUAUUUAAAUAUUAAUUGGAUUUGUUAUCUAAAAUUAGAGAGAGAAAAAACUAUAUUGGCCUUUUGGAAAUCGUGUGCUUGAAGGGACUUCGUCCGAAUAAAUGAAAAGACUUUAUAUAUGAAAUUCUAGAGUUAAUUUUAAGCUAAGCAAAAUUAAGUUUGGCUGAUUUUUAAUGUAUACAUGAUGAAUAAUUACUGAAAGACAGUACCUAUAGGCAAAGCGUACUUUGGAGCGGCCAUUUCAUUUGUAACAUAAUAAAAUGUAAUUCUAUUGUGAUAUUUAUUAUGGUUGAUACCAUAACAAUGAUCAGCGCAAACUGUUCAGAUUCAUGAAUUGAUUCUGAACUCUACUGUACAUCGUGUUAUUAUGUAAAAUUUCGCGAUGAUGUCAUAAGCAGCUAUGAUCAGAGCGACAGAGAUA